CAGAAUUAACUUCAACCUUACGACCUGUUUUAGCAGAAAAAGAAACCCUACUCGCUAUUCAAGAUAAUGUUGGGCUUUAUGAUGGCAAUGAGAAAGCAGCAGGUUAUAUGAAUGGAAAAGUAUAUUUAACAUCUCAUAGAAUUGUUUAUGUUGAUUCGGUAAAUCCACACACCAAUUUGAUCACAAUUGAUUUACAAUUAAUUAAAGGACGCGAGUUUUAUGCAGGGUUUGUUAAGUCAUCACCAAAAAUAACACUUCAUCAAAAAAAUGAAACGUUAACAACAACACCAUCAUCUAAUGAUGAAAAUAGUGAAAUAGCAUGUCCAAUGUGUACGUUUUUGAAUCAUUCUAGUAUGAUUAGAUGUGAGAUUUGUGAUGCAGAAUUAGAAACUUUUAAUAAAGCAAAUAUUGAUAAUGCUGUAGAGUUAUCAAGAAUUAAAAGCAGUGGUGGACCUAAUCCAGAUUUUAUUAAAUUGGCAUUUCGUGGUGGAGGUGCUAGUGUUUUUUAUGAUAAAUUAAAAAGCGCAAUAUCUAUAAAAGAAUGGGAGAAAUCAGAUGACCAAUCAACAUCAAAAUCAACAUCAGAACUUGGAACUGUUCAUAGUGGAAUUAAACAAGAAGAAACUUUAAAUCAAGCCUUUAAAGAUCUGGAUGGAUUGAUGGCAAAAGCAGCAGAAAUGGUUACACUUGCAGAAUCUAUAAGUAAUAGAUUGAAUAAAGAAUCACAAGAUUCAGAGGAAUCAUCAGCAGAUGAAACUUUAAAUUUCAGAACAUAUAUGUUAGAAUUGGGAUCGAUCUAUCAUAAAGAAUUAGCAUGUCAAUUAGCAGAAUUUUUGGAAAAUAUCUUGGAGAAAGAAAAUGGAAUGAUGUCAUUAAUUGAUAUUUAUUGUAUAUUUAAUCGUGCAAGAGGAGUUGCGUUAAUAUCACCGGAGGAUUUACAUAAAGCAUGUUUAUUAUUUGAAGAAUUAAGUUUGCCGUUAAGAUUAAGAAAGUAUGGAAGUGGAAUUUUAGUUGUUCAUCAUAGUGAUGAAAAGACAGCACAAAGGAUAUUGGAGUAUAUUCAAACAAGAGGACCGAUAAUAGCCAUUGAUUUGGCCUCAUUAGAAAAAAUGAGUGUUGUAUUAGCAAAAGGAUUAAUUUGUAGAGAUGUGACAGUUGAAGGAGUAAGAUUUUAUGAUAAUUUAAUUACAAAAUUUAAAUUGGAAAACCAUCAAUAA